AUGGAGAAAGGAGCGAUCACUGACGGGCAGAUUAGUUCUUCGUCACAGCUUGAUGCCAACCAUGAAGCCAGCCAGGGUAGACUGAACUUGAAAGGAUCGUGGUCAGCUUACGCUAAUGACGCUGAGCAAUGGCUACAGAUUGAUCUAGGUAGCAAUCCUGUCACUGUCACACGGGUGGCAACGCAAGGAAGUAAUUUAAAGAGCCAGUGGGUAAUAAAUUACACGCUGAACUACAGCGACGACGGUCUGAAUUUCCAGUUGUACAAACAACAAGGACAAAGUGAACACAAGGUUAGACACCUCUGCAGACAUUUACAUUGUGGGGAGUUUGUUACUUUUUUAAAGAUGUGACUGUUGCUUGUCAAAAAAAGUAGAUACAGCAAAUAGUUGACUAAUUAGGAAGCAAAAUAAAGUUCAGUAAUCUGUUUCACUGCAUGUAACCCUUAAACCCAAAAAAGUUAUUAUCAAUGUAAUCAUGUUGUAAGUUUUGAGAUCUUGUGCACUUACCCCUUCGUUAGUGAACUGUACUUUUGUUCUUCGUCAUUUCGUUUACCAUGCUUAAUCCCCUCAUUCAACUCCCUCUGAGGAGUUAGUCGGGGUGAGUGAGGCUAAUAAAAGUUUCCAGAACCAAGAAAACACGAAGGUGGUUCACUUGGGGUCGAGGAUAAUUUGUGGUCCGUUUUAGCCAUUCUUUCCCUUUUGGGGUGUUGUGGUCGGGGCUCAUUUGCGGUACUGUACAGUUCCCCUGUUCCCCAAAAUAAUUUUGAAAUUCACUGUUUUCUAAAAGUAAUUUUAAUUAACAUGUUCCCCAGAAUCCAAUGCUGUCAGCUUUCGGAAGUAUCAAACACAUAGAGUUGUAAUGGGGGCAGGCUUAACCUAUUGUAGAACCUGAAAAGUCAUCCGGGUAACGCGUAAAGAAAAAAUAGUCAGCAGUUCUUAGGAAGGAAAAAAACGACUUCAGGCCCCAGUCUACUCGCAACCAAGUCACAACCGACUGCAAUAGACCAGAGAAGCAGCAAAAUUGUCAAACAUUAGAAGUCUGACAGUACAGUGUAAAAGUUUAUUCGAAAAUAAUCUUAUUUUAAACUAGAAAAUCAAUGUCCCCCUAUUACUGGAAAGACUCAGAGCCGUUAACCUUUUCCCUGGAGGUCAUUUCAGGAUACCUCACGUUUCGUCCUAAAAGUAAAUGGACAAGGUCCCUUUUGUUUCCCAAAACCCCUGCUCAAAUUUCAUAUACUUGGCGUAUGUUUCAAAUUCCAUUGUAAAAAAGUACGAUAAUGGAGUAAAAAAAACCCUUCAUACUAUUACAACAUCAGUAACAUUCACCAGAAAGCACUAGCUUUUAUCCAAGUGAUUCCACUUCUCAACCAAAAACACUCGUAUCAGGGGUUACGUCUAGGUGUGCAGGAACCCGAGGGGUGUUCUGAAAUUCAGUGCCUGGUAACACAAAAUGUCAUCCUUCGAUCUUGAAUAGCAGGGAAAUGGCGCCAAAACCGUGACUAAGUGUCCACAUAAAGGAGCGGUCAUUAACUAGGACUAAAAUUUUCUGAGCCCGCCUUUGGGCGAUGUGCGCGUACUAAUGGGUUUUGUGUUACUGAAAUAUUAAGCACUGCUUGAAAUACGAUGGCCGUGCAAGUAAUAUUAACAGAAUUGCAUACUCAAAGAUGAAUCGCACGGUUAAAAAGCACUCUGAUUGGCUGGAGAUCAGGAGUGACUUCACGUGGAAUAGCUUGCAAUUUGCUUGACUUUGAAAUGGCUUUGAAAACAGCGCACGGGAUUUAUGAAUAACGAGACUGAGAACUGAAAGCUCAACAAAAUAGACGUAUGAAUUAAUUGCGUUCGAUCCAGGGAAUGCAGGAUUUGUCGUUUUCGAGAGUCCGGUUUUCAUUUUUUUCCGGGGAGCAUGCCCUGAACCCCUAAAUAAUUCGUACAUUUGGGACUGACAGUACACUUGUUUCUCCAGUGACACUAGUGCUUAAUGUUCAAUUACAAAAAAAAAACCCAUGCCUGGACAAAAUGAAUGAUGAUACCGAGAAACAGAGGUCCAAAAUCUUCAUAGUUCUGGAUGAAAACAGAAGUUUGAACACCAAAGAAACUACACAAAACAAGACUAAAGCCGCAGUAAAACGGGCAACAAAAACGUGCAACUUGUUUUCCAACAUUGCUGCAAACCAAGUUGAGUAGCGAUGUUGCGCGUUUUUACCACCCAUGUUCGACCCUGUCUUGCAAGAAAUAAGGUUGUAAGGUUUGUUUUCGUAGGUGGUAAAACGAGGCAACAUCACUAUUCAACUCAUUUUGCAGCCAUGUGGCAAAACAAAUUGCGCGCUUUUUGUUGCCCGUUUUACCGUUUUUUAGGUAGCCAAUGAGAAUAUCAUUAAAUAAAUAGGUGAUCAAAAGUCUUCGUGAAUUAUGAAUCUGGAAGAAAAUCAUGAAUCAUUGAGGUAAAAAACGACAGGAAUCAUGAAUAUCAAGAUUCAAAUGAUUCCGCUUCUACCCCGAA